AUGGCGCCAUCCACGUCCUUGUCAUCACAUGAGCGGACAAGGGUGGAGGACUAUCUGAAUGAUAAGAUACAGGUAUUUGCCGACCUUGAAAGUCUCAGACUCGCUGCUGUCGAACCUCCGCGCGCAGCAGGAGCUUCAGCGCAAGCAGAAGCACAUGAAGCCCUCUCGAACGCGACCAAGGCAUCCAAUGACCACGUCGAAGCUACUCGGAAGCGUGCCGAGGCAUUCACGGCGGAGCAGGCGGACAUCGACCAGCGCUUGAAGAAUAUUACACAUUCGGAGAAUAGUGAUCAUGCGGUACAGAGACUGGAAAAGAGCAUGGAGAGACUCCAGCGGUUGGAGCUUUCUAAAGGAUACGUGGAGCUGCUGAAGGAGGCCGAGGGAUUGAGUAAAGAAGCUUUGACGAAAAUAUCCACCAAGCCUCGCGACGCCUUGAAACCGCGCCGCCCUCAUCUUAUCAAUUACACGGAGAAAUUGGCGUCCGCAUUGAGACAGCAGCUGAAAAAAUUCUUCGGGGACCAAUUUCAGAAGACACUUGAAUCGCUAAAAUGGCCGACUCGAGAAAUUAACAUCACCGAUAAACUGCUGGAACAAUGGAGACAGGAUGUCGAGCUUUUGAUCGACUUGCAAACACCGGAAUUACAAAGUCACGAAGCGUUGGCUGUUGGGCAGAGUGUCGAACCUCCAGUUCUAUUCCCAAUGGAAGUGAUGGUGCAUCCUCUGGACCUCCGUUUCAAGUAUCACUUCAGUGGUGAUAAGCCGACAAAUCGACUGGAUAAGCCUGAAUACUUUUUGUCGCACAUCAUGGACCUCAUCAACCAAUUCGGAGGGUUCUUCACUUCUUACCUACAGCCAAUUCUUGAUGAGAAGGCGCAAUCGGCAGAUUCAGGGGUGGAGUGGAACUUCUAUAACGCACUUCAUGUUUUCAUUACCGCAUUAUUGCCAAUGCUGCGCCAAAAGAUCGACUCAUUCAUGCCCCAAAUCGCCCAUCACCCGCAAUUACUCAGUCAUUUCAUCCAUGAGCUGAUGAAUUUCGACAACGAGAUUCGAGAGACAUGGAAUUAUCUUCCUGACCCCUAUUCCGAAGACAACUGGAAAGGUAUGACGUGGGAGGUUCUCACUAAGCAGGGAUGGUACGAUCGCUGGCUUCAAGUAGAGAAGGACUUUGCAUUGGCCCGGUACAAGGAUAUCAUCGACACGCAGGACAGUGGACAGAUUGACUAUGAUGGUGUCGAGAUUACCGCAACUAAACCGACCAAGGCUGCGGUUCGAGUCAAUGAUCUUCUGGAAACCAUCACGGAACGCUACCAGCCUCUUGCCUCGUUCAGCCAGAAGCUGCGCUUCCUCAUUGAUAUCCAAAUCACAAUCUUUGAUCAAUUCCACGAACGCCUCUAUUCCGCGCUAGAGGCUUACCUCGCCAUGACUUCUACCUUGGGCCGAACGGUACAAGGAGCAGACGGACAAGCCAGCGUAGAAGGCGUUGCUGGUCUUGAGCGACUUUGCAGAGUCUUUGGAAGCGCUGAGUAUCUUGAAAAGAAGAUGGGGGAUUGGAGCAAUGACGUCUUCUUCGUCGAACUCUGGUCUGAGCUUCAAGCCCGUGUCCUGCAAAACCGAGACGGGCGUAACGUGGCGGGCACGAUGUCUAUCGCCGAAGUGGCCUCGCGCACUUCGUCGGCUGUUGCCAACAAUGGAUCUUCCAACGCGUCCUCACCAGACGGUGCCCUCUUCGAUGAGACAGCCUCAGCCUAUCGUCGUCUUCGACUCCGGUCCGAAUCCAUCAUCACCUCCACUCUGACUUCCAAUAUCACCGCGGCCAUGAAACCAUAUUCCCGUCUAGCUACCUGGGCAACACUCUCCACUCCCUCGGCCAGCGCGACACCCUCUCCACUCUCAAUGACAUCUGAGAUGGCACAUGCCAUGCGCACAUUAUCUUCUCAGCUCUCCUUCCUCUCCCGAGCUCUGGGAGUGGCUCCUUUGAGACGAGUCACACGACAGGUCCUUCUCUCAAUCCAGACCUACGUCUGGGACAAUGUGAUAACAAGGAACACAUUUUCGUCCACCGGUGCAGCUCAGCUGGCCAGCGACGUCGAACAUUUAUGCAGCGUGGCUGACACCGCUCUUGGCGCAGCCGGGCAAGUGGGUGGCUCGUUACGGACUAUGAAGAAGCUCGGCGACGUACUGCGUAUUCUCAACCUGAGUGCCGCGACUGAACAAACGGAUAAAGAAGCUAGUCUGGGACUGUGGGAUGUGGAAAAGAGACUAUUCAAAGAUAAUGAGAGUGCUCGGGCUGUGCUCGCUGACCUUGAGAUCGACGGGCUAAGUGAAGCUGAGGCGCGAUCUGUGUUGGAGCGACGGGUUGAGAUUGGUAAUUAG